UAGUGUAAUAAAAUCAAACGUACUCUAUACUUUGUAGCAGUGAUGGCAGGACAAAAAAAAAUUGACAACAUAACAAUAUGUGAGAAGAGAUGCUCAAAAGCAGAUGGUGAGGAUUCCUGCUGCAUAGCAAAAAUAUACGAUCUGUUGAAAGAUGAGGCAAAAGAGCUGGAAGAGGCGAAGUUCGCGGAAACUCCGCUCCACAGAGCGGCCGAAGCCGGGAACACGGAGGUGGCGUUGGAGAUCCUGAGCCUGAUGCCCUCCCUGGGCAGUACGCUGAAUAGCAGGGGCUGGAGCCCCCUCCACCUGGCCAUAGAGGGGGCUCACCGCGAGACGGCGAUACUGAUGGCGAGGUUUGACAAGAUGCUGGUGCGGGUGAAGGGCAAGAAAGGGAUUACCCCGCUGAUGCUGUGUGCAGCCAGAUCCGGCGUGGAAGAGGAGCACAAUAAGAAUGAGGAGCGGAGGCUUCUUGCGCAGUUGCUGCUGGCGUGCCCGGAGUCGGUGAGCGACAGGAAUAACAAGAACCAGACCGUGGUUCACGUGGCGCUGGAGAACAGGGGGUGCAAGACGGUGUGCAUGCUGGUGGAUUGGCUCAAGAGGAGGAAUCAGAUCACCUCGGUUCUGUCGGUCAAGGAUAUCCACGGCAACACUGCUCUUCAUACUGCGGUUCAAUAUGGAUGUCAAGGGGGGGCGAAAAAAUUAGCGGGACUGGUCAAAGUAAACAGACUGAAUUCCCAAGGCAAGACCGCUCUAGACCUUGCCCAAAACCAAGAUAUUAUAAACAACUUAAUUAGUAAAGGAGCCAAGUACCAGAGAGAUAUUUACAAACAUACAAAAGCCGAUUACGUCCUCGACAAAGCAACCUUCCCCGAAGCCAUCUCCCGUGCCUACUACUACCUAACCGUGCAACUCACCCUCGAAAUGCGCAACACUGUCUUGGUAGUGGCCACCCUCAUUGUGGCCGCCACCUACCAGGGGGUGUUCAGCCCCCCUGGUGGCCUCUAUCCCCCACCAGAAACCCCCAACAAAACCACCCUAGUCGGCAGCCAUCACCCCUUUUUUAUGGGGCGGAGGCUGCUCGUAACGGGCGAGGACAAAAACUUGGCCGGGCGGAUGGUGAUGGAGAAGGCAAAAUACAAGUACUUCAUGCCCUCCAACACCUUCGCGUUCGCCCUGUCAGUCGUGAUAGUCAUAUUUGUGGUCCCAGGCACGCCCGUGUUCUUGAUCCUCCACAUCUGCCUGGUCUUCAUGUCCAUGAGCUAUCUUCUUGCUCUCGACGCUAUAUCUUAUUACACCGGCAUCUCCAACAUGAUCUUCUACAUGUCCGUCUAUGCCAUUGGCGGAGCCUUUAUUGUGAAGCUCUUGUAUUAUCCUGUCAAAGCGAUCCUCGUCGACGAGGAUUGGUGGCUGCGGGGAAUCAGCGUCCAAUUUGACAACUUUAUAGGAACCAAGGGGAAUUUCAACACAAUUAGCCUCAAAAUGAAGAAGCAAUUCAUGAUUCUACGUCUUAACUGAAGGACGGAUUUUCAUUGUUUUCCUGUGUGUCUGAGAAGAAAUUGCUUUCAUGAUUGUAGAUUGAGAUCAUAACUAUUGCAUGUUAAGGUCAUGUAAUAACUUGCGUCUUUUUUUGUGUGUUGUUUUGUUUUGUUUUUUGUUUUUGAGAGGAAUGGAAGUGGUGUGGGUUGAUGAAAUAAGAUGUGUGGUAAUGUAAUUAAUUAUUUGGAUGAUGAAAUAAAAAUCUUGUUAUUGGA